AAUUGUUGAAAUUUUCACAUGAGAGAAUCCCCUAUGUUCGAGAAAAAACGUUGAAGAUCCAAGGCCGGUCGGUGACACUGCGACGAAUGCCUCUCUCCGGUGCUGUCAACGCUAUCAAGUCUUCACGCCUACUCUCCUGGAAACCUAUUGGAAAGCUCCAACAAACAAUAGCAAACUCAAUACAAUUAUCCGGAAUAACUCUCCACUCCGGCAAGAUCACAACCGUUAAAAUUUACCCUGAGUUGGCUCAGAAAGGCAGGUACUUCUACUUCAACUCCACAAUCAUCCCUGCUUCAAUUCAACAUGUCAACUCCUCUCCGCUUUGUACUACACUUUGUAAAAGUAAUCACACUAUUCGAACUGUCGAACACUUGCUUUCGGCGUUAGAGGCCACUGGUGUUGAUAAUUGUCGUAUCGAGAUUAUAGAUCCCAGCUCUCAAGAUAAUUUAUCUACAGAGGUACCUAUAUUUGAUGGAUCAGCAAGGGAAUGGGUGGAUGCGAUUGAAAGGGUGGGGUUAAAGGUUGCUGAAGAUAGUAGUGGAAGUAGUUGUGAGAAAUUGGCACCUUUUUUGAAUGAGCCUGUUCAUGUUAGGAAGAACGAUUCGUUUAUAGCAGCAUUUCCUUUGCCGAAAGGCUGUUUAACUUAUGGAAUUAACUUUCCUCAGGUACCUGCUAUUGGCUGCCAAUGGUUUUCUACUGCUUCACUGGAUGAUCCUUGGUACACUAGAGAAAUCGCCCCUUCACGAACAUUUUGUAUAUUUGAAGAGGUCCAAACAAUGCGCAAUGCUGGACUCAUUAAAGGUGGUUCGGCAGAAAAUGCACUUGUUUGUAGUGCCGACAAAGGUUGGUUAAAUCCACCUCUACGUUUCCAUGAUGAGCCUUGCAGACACAAGGUUCUAGAUCUUAUUGGUGACCUCUCCCUUCUGGCUCAGAAUGGCAAUCAAGGGCUUCCAGUGGCACACAUAGUUGCUUACAAGGGUGGACAUGCACUGCAUGCGGAUUUAGUUCGUCUCCUAUCAGAAGUCAGUUAAACUGGACUACAGUUGGAAUUCAUAGAUGUUCUAAAAUAAUCAGGGUGCUGGCGUUGUUGUGCAUGGCUCGAAAUGAAGAUGCACGGCAGGGAGUUACUGUCCAGUCAUUCACCAAAAUUCAUAUUAGAGAGAGCUAUGAUUUGUUAAAAUCUAAAAAAAAAAAAUAAGAAAAAUCUAACAAUUUUAUAAAUUGAGAUUCAAAAUGUAUUUUCUGAUUCUGCCCAUGAUUGUUGGCUCUUUUGAAGAAUUUUAUCAGAGGUUGCAUUUCAGUUGCUUCAAGAACUUGCUAGGAUAAUUAUGGUGUAUAACUUUCAUUCUGCAGAGUUGUACUGCAUGCAAGUGAAUCUUCUAGGGUUUUCAUUUUUGGGUUUA